AUGGCUUCCUUCAACUCAAGAAAAGGAGCAAUCUCUCUAAGUUCAAAAGACAUAGCUGAUACAGCUUCAUGGUAUUGUUCUAUUGUUCUUGUAGCACUUAUAGUUCUAUGUAUAUUUCAAGACACCUCUAUGAUUCAUCAAAAUCAUGAGAACAACCUCGUAUUGUACAAACGACCAUAUUGUGAUGAAAUCUAUGUGGUUGGUGAAGGUGAGACACUUCAUACAAUUAGUGAUAAGUGUGAUGACCCUUUUAUUGUUGAGAAUAAUCCUCAUAUACAUGACCCUGAUGAUGUUUUUCCUGGCUUAGUUAUCAAGAUUACACCUUCUCAUCAUUAUAGCUAUAAUUAG